AUGGUCAUAAUAGAUGAAGCAGAUGAUAUAAUUUCUACCAGGGCCGUCAAACUCAUUUACCCCAGGGGGCCACAUUCCGCAAGCUGCAGCAAUGGCAGUAACGUUAAAAGUAGCAAUGAUUACGGCAGUUGUAGCAGUCCCACUGGCAAAAUUAGCAGCAGCAGUAUAAAUAAUAUUAGGAGCGACAGUAAUAGACAAGAACACGGCCAGAACAGAUUAAAAAAUGAAAAGAAAAAUGGGAAGAACACGAAAAACAAGCUCAAAAACAAAUACCGAGAACAAGAACAGCCAUCAAUCAUGAACAGUAGCCCAAAAGGUCACAUGGUGCAGUCGGAGGCUGAGCGGCCAGCGCCCAAGGGCAGAUGGCCGAGGGAGGCGUCUCCCUCUGACUUUCCUCUGGCUCUCCCUAGCUGUAAGCUUUGGCUCUCCUCUAGUUCUAGUUCUAGCGCUGACUCCUCUCUGUCUCUGGCUAGUUCAAGUUCUAGUUCAAACUCUGGCUCUCCUACAUGA